GCAUCCGCCGGAAACGCGUCACCGUGGCCACGGUUAUUUUGUUCCCGCUUUGCGAGGAACCGUUAGCGCGAAUUAGCUUCCUUCGCUAGCCGCGCGUGCAGCUAACCGCAACGGCGCCGCAGCUCGAAACAAAUCCGUACCACCUUUUCGCGUUUAAAGGGGGUCUGCAACGACAAUGGCGAGCCGCCACUCUUUCCACUUCUCCUCCGUUUUAGAGACGAUGUCCAGGUCCGCCCUGAGUCGGGUCUGCGACCUGGUGGCCGAAGAAGUGGCCGAGCUCCAGGCUCGGCUUGACUCGACUGACGCUCGCCAAUUCCGCCCUGGUAGAGAAAGUCAAAAGUCUGGAGUGUGAGCUGAAGGUUGCCAGGAGCGAGUUGCCCGUGUCUGUGUCGCCCUCCAUAGAAGGGGUGUUUGAAUCUGUGGAGAGGCGGAGAUCCAGACGACAUGGAGAGACGCUCACCUCCACCACGGUCAGAAGAUGUUGUCCCCUUAAGUAAUGCACUGCAAUGGUUAUGCUGUCUAAAGCAUGUUCUUUAAGUUGCGUCACAGCAAGGGUUUCAUCCAGCAAUGCUUUUUAUUAUCACGUUUUUUUUUCUCAUAGAUUUCUAUGUCAUCAAAAUUGAUAAAUGCUACUCUUACGAGAAAAAAAAUCCAGCAAAAAAUAACCAUCCCAAAGCCCAACAUGAUGUUUUCAAAUUGCAGGUUUUGUGCAACCACCAAUCAAAACUGAAAUAACUAAUAUAGAAAACAAUAAUGAAGACAGAGGCUCACAACCACCAUCUUUGAGGGACCAGGAGUUUGUUCUGCCAGUCGAGAUGAGUGUGUCUCAGAUCAAAGAGGAGAUGGAUAAUGUGGAGGAUGCUGCUGGGUGCUGCCAGCAGGAAACACUUGGCACAGAAGACCGCGAUAACGUCACGACUGAGGAACCAGAGCCACUUUCAACCGGUCACUUGGCCGCUGGCAGUACUUGCAGCCUGUCAUUGGAUCAGGACGAGGAACGGGUCGUGUGUGCAGGUGGUAUUGAAGAAUCGACAGCUCGGCUGGUAUGGAUCGCUGACACAGAGCGGGCCUUCAGCAUUUACACCAUUCCAAAUGAAGAUCAUUAUGACGAGGACGAUGCUGUACAAUUUGUUGAAGAAAGUCAACAAGCGCCAACACUGUCGCAUGCCGCACGUGGGCCCCGACACAACAAAAAGGACACGGCUCGGGGUUCCCUUGAGGACUUUAAUGUGCUUAAUGUGGAACCCUCGCCGGACCCAAACAAAGAAAAGUUGACAUGUCAAUUCUGUGGUGUAACCUUCUUCCACAAGCGCACUCUAAACCAACACAUGAAGUACCACAAGUCACUGUUUUGCGAAGUUUGCCAGCAACAAUUCUCUCAAAAGUACAAGUUAAAGUCUCACCGUUGCGCAGGCGGAAUUUCCUCUCAGAGAUUUGGAAAAUCCUGUCCGCUGUGCAGGAAGAUUUUUAAAAACUCGUCAGGUCUGAGGCUUCACUCUGUUGUCCACACCGGGGAGAGAUCACAUAGGUGCGGCGUAUGUGGAAAAGGGUUUACCCAGAAAGGCAACCUGAAUUGUCACCUCAGUCUCCAUACAGGAGAGAAACCAUUUCACUGUGGUAAAUGUGGGAAGAGAUUCACGCAAAAGGUCCACCUCAACCACCAUUUAAUGUUGUACGGGCAUGGUUAGAUCCUGUAGCUAGUCAGGCAAAGGCUUCAGUUAAAUGCAAUGUCACGUGCUACUUCUCACACUGGUGUUAGGACAGUUAAUGUUAUGUUUCUCAAGACUUGUAGUCUGCACGGUUAUGACAUGUUUUAGUUCCCUUAUCUGUCCUUACAAUAAAACACAUGUUUUUUGAUUCAA